GGCCUUGGCGCGCGGCGCAGUGGACGUGCGCGAGGGUAGGGGCCUCUGCACGCUGUCGAACAUCACGAUUCAUCAAUAUCUAUGAGGCUGCGAUUCGCAGCCGCAGCGUUAGCAGCGCUAGCGGUCCUCUGCUGCACGCCAGCCGCGAAGACGCGACUCACUACUGCGCUUGGCCGCUUCUUCCGCGACGUAGCCCGCGCGAGAGCACGCACGCGGCGCUACGGCAACAAGUACGCGCUAGCCCAGAUGGUGCUUAAGACAGAAGCGCCGCUCGACCUCUCCGAGCCGCAGCACGACGGCACCGUUACUCAAAGUGAAUUGGAGGACGGCGACGGCGUCGACGGCGCUCCUGUGUACGUGGCGCUGCGCGGCCGCGUCUACGAUGUGUCAGCCGGCGCAAAAUUCUACGGUGCGGGCAAGCCGUACCACCACUUCGUCGGCCGGGACGCGUCUCGCGCCUUCGCGACGGGCUGCCGCGCCGCGGAGUGCGUCUCGGCGGACCUCGACGGGCUCGAUCCAUCGCAACUCCGCGAAUUAGAUCGGUGGAUGGAGAUGUACGAGACCCACGACAAGUACACCUUCGUGGGCACGCUCGUCGAGGACCCCGUGGACAAGUAUGUGUAA